GACUCAGUGAAGCGGGGGCUCAGAUAGGGUCAGGUUUCAUUUCAUCUUUGUGUUGUUCCAUGACAAGCAGACAAGUAAAUUGUACAGUGUCCGAGGAGGUCGUCUUCCACGAUGUUGCCGUGCUGACGGACAAGCUCUUUCCAGUGGUGGAGGCCAUGCAGAAGCACUUCAGUGCUGGCUCCGGGACCUACUACAGUGACUCCAUCUUCUUCCUCUCAGUCGCCAUGCAUCAGAUCAUGCCCAAAGAGAUCCUGCGGAUAAUUCAGCUGGACCUAGACCUAAAGUACAAGACCAACAUCCGGGAAUUGUUUGAGGAGUUUGACAAUUUCCUGCCCGGCGCCAUCAUUGGCAUCGCAAGAGAGAUGCAGCCGGUGUACAGGCACACAUUCUGGCAGUUCCGCCAUGAGAACCCCAAGACCCGGGUCGGGGACCCACCUCCCGAGGGGCUACCUGGCUUCAACAGUGGGGUGAUGCUGCUGAACUUGGAGGCCAUGCGACAGUCCCCCCUGUACAGCCACUUGCUGGAACCAGCACAGGUGCAGCAGCUGGCCGACAAGUACCACUUCCGAGGCCACCUCGGGGACCAGGACUUCUUCACCAUGAUUGGCAUGGAGCACCCUGAGCUUUUCCACGUGCUGGACUGUACCUGGAACCGGCAACUUUGCACCUGGUGGAGGGACCACGGCUACAGUGAUGUCUUUGAGGCCUACUUCCGGUGCGAGGGCCACAUCAGGAUCUACCACGGGAACUGCAACACCCCUAUCCCAGAGGACUAGGUACAGUCUUGCCUGCGGGCCCUUGGGCCUCUGGAUCUGGGGGAAGGCAAGGAACGGGUGCCUCUGAGGCCCCCAGGUGGUACCUGAACCCUUGAGAGACACUGCAGGAAUGCUUUGUGAUCAGGCGCUGCAGCUCUCCCGCCCUGUGGGUCACUGCCCUGAGGGCACCCAGUGAUGACUGGCCUGCACACUGAUGGUGCUUGGGGACUUUUCCCUCCAAGGGGACGAGCAUCAUAAAAGGCGAGCAUGGAGAUAUCUCCUGGUGGGUUAGGAAGUAGGCGUUCAGAGAGAAGAAAAGAAAGAAAACUAUGCCCUUUGACCUUAGCCCCCAAAGAAUGGAAAUCCUUUUAACAGCCGGCCUUUCUUGGACCAAAUAUAAAUUUAUUUUAAAUUGAUAGGCUUCCAUUUAGAGAGAAAGAACAAACAGAACUUCUACAGCUCCCAGUGAGCUCUGAACCCGUGAGCCAAGGUUUUAACAGCCAGCCCUGAUGUUAAACAUAGCAAAGGCCGCCCUUCGGCCUGUGCACCCAGGAAGCUGUGCUUACUCCCAGGAUGCUCAGGUUUCCUGCUGCAGGUGGAAAGCUCGCCGCCUAUUUGGGAAGGACCUUCAGUGCCAGCGGGGGCCCUCAUCACAAAACUGGCCUCAUUACUGUCGCCUUCACAGGUCUUACCUCCCAGCUGCAGCACACACCCUCACUAUCCCUUAUUCAUCCAAGCAGCUCCAGACUGUGCUCGGAAAUCAAAUCCGCCAUCAAAGCACAGAGGUUGGCCACCCCCAAGGACAGACAGUGGAAUUGUCCUGACCGGGAAGACUCCUUCUGAAGAGGAGCCCAGCUGUGCGCGAGUGUGACUGCGUGGCUCUGACGGGCCCUCGCUCUUAGUCUUGUAAGCAUUCCAGUCUUUGUCUUAAAAAAUCAUGCUCCCGACUUUCUCAUUGCACCACAUCAGACCUACACCUUGGAAGAAACGAGGACAUUUUUUUAAAGUUCUUCUUUUAAUGAGUUUUUCUGUGAGUGAGCUGCAAACAGGAAGCCCUUAGGGGUCCAUUUUGCAGAGUCCAGCUGAAGUCCUUGGGGAAGAAAUGUUGGAUUUCCCAUCUUACUUUCUCUCAGUUUCAUUUACUUUUUUCUUUCUUUUCAUCAUGAGUGAGAAUAGCUAAUAAAGAAUUGUGGAGAACUCAGUGAUAUCUGUCAUUUGUGCUGUGACCCCAGUUUUCCGUUACACGAUGGCUCUGUAUUCCAUGUGUGCUCAGUGUCACUCAGCCUCCCUGCCCACGCGACGCCGCUGAGUGAGCAGGUCUCUGAGGACCAGGGGAGGGCAUGUCUGGGAGGCACGGGAGAGUGGCAGUAUUCCGUGGGGUUCACAUUGAGAAUCACUUUACGCUAGGUAUCGGCAGGCCCCGCUGCUCCUAGGAGCAAAGACACCCCGCCCUUUCCCCUCCCCUCUCCCCAGACUGUCCGCUUGCUUUCCUCCCCCAGCUCUCUGCUCUGAUGGAAUUGACCUGUUUUUUUAGGCGCUUGAUUUCCUAUUUAUAACCGCCAGUCAUCAGAUUUCUGCCGUGUGCCAAGCACUGCAUUGAGAGAUUUAUGCAUACUAUCCAUAAUACUAAUGAAUACCUCAUGAAGGGUGUUACAAUCUUAAUUUAUUGUAAGAAAAUAAUGAGAAAUAUGGACAGAGAGUCAUUGUUUGUCACAGCAUUUUUUAUAAUAAAAAUAAAACUGGACCAACCUAAGAUGUUGAAAGGGGGAGAGCAUAAAUAAUGAAUGUUGUAUCCAUAUCAUGGAAAAAAUCAUAUUUCUGGAGAAUAUUCAAUUACUGGGAAAUGCUUAUAAUAUGCUAUUAAGUAAAGAAUGGAAAAUAU